GCUGCUGGUAUUGUAAUGGGAGCCUAAAGAUCGCCUAGAGGACGUCCCUUUUUUUUUCUUUCCCAUCAGUGUGCGUGUGUGUAUGUCUGGUGUAGUCGCGUAAUGCAACUAGUGCAGUAUCUUGUAAAUACUUAGUCCUUCCUCACAGUUAUUUUGUUUCUCCUGUCGUUGUAGUAACCCUCAAAGUAGUUCCUUUCUUACUGCAGCCCGGCCAAACACCCAACCAUUUGUUACGAGACGAGUAGCUAUCGAUUAUUUACGAAGAUAAUUUAGUCAUUUCAUUCUAGCCUAGUACUCGUGUACCGCGAGUUGCCGGUAAUCGUCCUUGAAGUUAGGUAUUUGAAAUACUAGAAAACCACCCCCUGACGUAUUUCAAGUGUGAAACGCUAUUACUUUCCUAUGGUGAGCUGACACCAUGCUGAAUGACCUGAACCCUCCUGCGCGGAUCUACCUGGCUACAAGGCUUCAGAAAGGCGAUGACCGAUAAUGUCUUACAAUGAAUUGGAGCAAGGUUAUCUGGGCCUGACAAGUCAACCACUGUUCUGCAUAGGUGAUGACUGUGGUUAUAUUAACUGGAACAAAAUAGAAAAGGAUACCGAACAUGCAGAUUCGGAAGAUGAAAGCCCUGCUUCAGGGAAGCAAGUUCUGGUUGGCAUUUGUGCCAUGGCCAAAAAAUCUCAGUCCAAACCGAUGAAAGAGAUUCUCACAAGACUCGAAGAGUUUGAAUACAUCAAGACUGUCGUCUUCCCUGAGGAAGUCAUUCUAAAUGAACCAGUUGAAGAGUGGCCCUUAUGCGACUGCCUCGUGUCCUUUCAUUCUAAAGGGUUUCCCCUGAACAAGGCCAUUGAAUAUUCUGAGCUCAGAAAUCCUUUCAUUGUCAACGAUCUUUUCAUGCAAUAUGACAUCCAAGACAGGAGAAAAGUGUACAGCAUUCUUGAAGGUGCUGGCAUUGAAUUGCCGAGAUAUGCAGUCCUCGACAGAGAAUCAGCGGAUGAAAGACAACGCGAACUUGUUGAGGGUGAAGAUCACGUUGAAGUGAACGGAGUGACUUUCAACAAGCCCUUUGUGGAAAAGCCCAUUUCAGCCGAAGAUCACAACAUAUACAUUUACUACCCAACAAGUGCGGGAGGAGGCAGCCAGCGCCUUUUUCGCAAAAUUGGUAGCAGGAGCAGCGUCUACUCCCCGGAGAGUAGAGUGAGGAAGACUGGAUCGUUCAUCUAUGAAGAGUUCAUGCCCACUGAUGGCACCGAUGUCAAGGUGUACACAGUUGGGCCAGACUAUGCGCACGCAGAGGCACGCAAGUCCCCUGCGCUGGACGGGAAAGUGGAGCGUGACAAGGAAGGCAAAGAAGUGCGCUACCCUGUCAUCUUGACCAACACUGAGAAGCUGAUUGCUCGCAAGGUCUGCCUGGCCUUUAAGCAAACUGUCUGCGGCUUUGACCUGCUGAGGGCCAACGGCAAGUCGUAUGUGUGCGACGUGAAUGGCUUCAGCUUUGUGAAGAACUCGAUGAAGUACUACGACGACUGUGCCAAGAUCUUGGGCAACAUGAUUCUGCGGGAGCUGGCCCCACAGCUCCACAUCCCCUGGUCCAUGCCUUUCCAGCUGGACGAUCCUCCAAUCGUGCCCACUACCUUCGGGAAAAUGAUGGAACUGAGAUGUGUCAUUGCUGUCAUUCGUCAUGGGGAUCGCACGCCUAAGCAAAAGAUGAAAAUGGAGGUGAAGCACCCAAAGUUCUUUGAGCUUUUUGAGCAUUACGGAGGCUUCAAGGAUGGCCACAUCAAAUUAAAGAAGCCAAAGCAGCUGCAGGAGAUCUUGGACAUAUCACGCUUUCUUCUCAGUGAAAUUGAACACAAGUCUGAUCCUGAAGUCGAAGAAAACAAAGUGAAGCUGGAGCAGCUGAAAUCUGUUCUUGAAAUGUACGGACAUUUUUCUGGCAUCAACCGUAAGGUGCAGCUGAAAUACCAGCCCAAAGGAAGGCCACGGCAUUCAAGCAGCGACGAAGACUACCCUAGGGAACCCUCGCUGGUGCUCAUUCUGAAGUGGGGAGGUGAGCUGACGCCAGCGGGCCGGGUGCAGGCUGAAGAACUGGGCCGAGUCUUCAGAUUGGAAUGCCAUCAACCAUUCUCAACGACUUCGAUCGAGGAAACGAGUGAGCAUGACUAA